UACAUCGUUAAUUCAUGAUCCAUAAUGUAAAUUCCUUCACAAUCAAAUACCCGCCCGCGCACAAUAGCCCCCUCCACCACCGCUCAAAAUGGACCCCGUUGACUCACCGGAAACCCUAACCACCGCCGAUCCACCACCUCUCUCCUCCUCCACCACCGCCGACGACCCUCUCACCAGCCAAUUCAGCACCCUCAACGACCUCUGCCCGGAGCUCUCCUCCCUCCACGACCUCGCUUCCCGCGGCUCCUACCGCUCCAUCCUCGACAAGGUCUCCCGCGCCAGAAAACUCUCUCUCCUCCCCCUCCCCCACCACCACCUCACCUACCUCUCCUACAACGCCCUCGCCCUCACCAAGCUCCCCCGCUACGCCGACGCCCAGGCCGAGCUCGACUCAACCCUCCACCACCACCUCGACUCCCCGCACUACACCUUCCAAUUCUACCCCGACCUAUACCCCGGCCGCUCCGGUUCCUUCGUCCCCUUCGCCCUCCGCUGGAUCCACGCCAUCCUCCCCGAAAAGCUCGGUCAGCGCGGCGAAACCCUAGAUCGAUUGUACACUCUCCUAGACUUUGUGACCACCAAAUUAAAAGAUCUUAACGCGUCCUCAUCCGCUGUUUCCGCUGAGUUGUGGAGGAAGCGCGAGGUUUUCGUGAUUAAUUCCAUAAUAAGUCAGCAUUUGAGUCACAAGGAGUUUGGUGUGUGUUUGGAUUUGAUUGAAAGAAUGGUUGGUCGGAGCGGAGAAUUUGAGGGUAGGGACGCAGUUUUGUUGUCGAAACUAGGUUAUGUUAAGUUGCAGCUUGGGGAUCUGGAAGGGGCGAAGGGGGCGUUUGAUGAGGUUGAGGGAUUGGUGAAGGAGAAGAUGGGCGAGGAGGUGGAGUUCAGGAACCUCGCGAGUAGGAACAAGGCGCUGGUUUAUUUGGUCGGGAAGGAUUACCUGUCAGCGGUGAGGGAGUACGAGGAGUGUAUCGAGAGGGAUGGGUCCGAUGUGGUGGCAGUGAAUAACAAGGCUAUAUGCUUGAUGUACUUGAGGGAGUUGUCGGGUUCCAUCAGCGUGUUGGAGAGCGCAUUGGAGAGGGUGCCAACCGUGGCUUUGAACGAAACACUCGUGGUGAAUUUGUGCAGCAUGUAUGAAUUGGCUUAUAUUAACCACUCGGAUAUUAAGCGGACGCUUAGUAAUUGGAUUGCUCGAGUCGCUCCAGAUGAUUUUGAUACGUCUUGUACUCGUGUGUGAGGUUUGUAGAAUUGAACUCUUUAUUGGAACUUGGGAGACCUCCCAAAAAUGACAAGUUGGCCAUACUUGGAGACAGCAUCCGAGUUGUGAACCAGCUGCGAGCUGAAUCCCAACAAUUCAAGAGACAAAUGAGAAACUUGUAGAAGAGAUAAAAAGUUGAACGGUUGGUUAUAUUUAUGCAGCAUUCUGUUUGAGUGAAGCUUCGCUCAUUUGUGGUAUCUUACAACAUUGAUUUCGCCA